CGUCAUUUCCAACGGUUGUUCCAAGCAUUACCUGGAAUGGGAGUUUCACGAUGACAUCGCCCUAUUGCAUUACAAUUGACGACGUCAAGACGGCUGCUGGCCGUAUUGCAGGCGUUGCUCAUCGUACCCCCGUGUUGACUUGUUCCUCUCUCAAUGGCUUGUCCAAAGGUCGCCAUCUCUUUUUCAAGGUAGAAGCCUUGCAAAAGACUGGAUCCUUCAAAUUCCGGGGAGCUCUCAAUGCCGUCAAGGAAGAGUUGGAGCGACGAAAAAAGGCAGACAACGAUACAGCACUGCAUGUGCUGACCCACUCCUCGGGCAAUCAUGCCCAAGCACUGGCGUUGGCUGCCAAAUUGGCUGGUGGUAGUGCUACAACUGGUUCUACUGCUGCUUCCACUAACGUUCAAGCUACCAUUGUCAUGCCUUCCAACACUCCGACCGUCAAACGAAAUGCCGUACAAGAUUUUGGAGCCACGAUAGUCAUGGUAGAACCCACCAACAAGGCACGAAGAGAAAAGGCAGAGGAAAUUCGACAAAACACAGGUGCAUCCUUUAUUCAUCCGAGUGAAGAUCCUCGGGUGAUUGCGGGACAAGGGACUGUGUGCCUGGAAAUGUUGGAACAAGUCCAAGAAUUGACGGACAAACCAUUGGAUGUGGUCAUUAUUCCUGUGGGUGGUGGAGGAUUGGCAUCUGGCAAUAUCAUUACAUUGCGCAGUGUGCUGGGUGACAAGGUCAAGAUCGUCCUUGCAGAACCUGCCAAAUUGGAUGACGCCAAACGUUCCUUUGAAGCCAAGGAAUUACUGCCGCACGAUCCGUCCAACAACCUGGACAGCGUCGCUGAUGGGCUCAAGACCACCUUGGGGCCCAAUACGUGGCCCAUUAUACGCGACAAAGCAGACGACAUUUUGACAGUGACAGAGGAUGAAAUAUUGUUGGCUACCAAACUCAUUUGGGAACGGCUUAAAAUUUGCAUCGAGCCCAGUGCGGGUGUGGGAAUUGCCGCUUGCUUGGGGGAAGAAUUCCAGGCAAAGUAUCCAACACAGGAGUACUCGAAUGUGGGCAUUAUUCUCUGUGGUGGAAAUGUCGAUAUUGUGAAAAUAUCCAAGAAAAUAGAGGAGGCUGUGGCACGACAAUCCGCUUAAAAUUCAUGCGGGUCACCAUAACAUUUUGACGCGCCAUAAUAUACAUCUGCCAGCGACAUUUUAUGUCAGUUUCUGCCGGGCCCAAAGGCAUGUGCCCUGCAUCAACCGAAUCUUUAAUUCAAUCAGGACCAUUGAUACUACCAGUGUGU